AUGGCGCUUUUCACUGCUUCAAAAACCUCUCCAUUACUCAUUCUUCUAAUGCUUCUACUAGGUAACGUAGCUACGGGGACUGUAUUUACCAUAGAAAACCGUUGCAAAAGCACGAUCUGGCCUGGAACACUUUCCGGAAACGGCGCUGCACUUCUCGAAGACGGAGGGUUUUCUCUACCGCCAGGUUCCUCUCUUCAGCUCACUGCUCCGUCGGGUUGGUCAGGCCGUUUCUGGGGUAGAACCGGCUGUAACUUCGACGGUGCAGGUAACGGAAAUUGCAUCACUGGAGACUGCGCGGGAGGGUUAAACUGCAACGGCGGAGGUGCUCCUCCAGUGACACUAGCGGAGUUUACUAUCGGAAGCGGGAAUGGAGAUAAGGAUUUCUACGACGUGAGUCUGGUGGACGGUUACAAUGUGGGGAUGGGGAUACAUGCAACCGGAGGAACAGGUGACUGUCAGUAUGCGGGUUGUGUUGCGGAUAUGAACGGUCACUGUCCGGCGGAGUUGCAGGUGACGGAGGAAGGAGGUUCUGUGGUGGCGUGUAAGAGUGCGUGUGCGGCGUUUAAUACGGAGGAGUUUUGUUGCACCGGCGAACAUUCGAGUCCGGAGAGGUGUAGUCCGACGCAAUACUCGGAGAUGUUUAAGAGUGCUUGUCCCUCUGCGUAUAGUUAUGCUUAUGAUGAUGCUUCAAGCACUUGCACAUGUUCUGGAUCAGAUUAUCAUAUCACUUUCUGUCCAACUGCUUCCUAUUAG